AUGCAAAACGACACACCUUCGAUGACAACUCAUGUUCCACUUGAGGUUUCACCAGUAGAAAGAUUGCCAGCAUGCGGGCAUUUCGAUGAUCCCCUUGUUUCGCUCUCUUUCCUGAACAACCAAGGUGUUUAUUACCUCCAGAAGGCAGAUUUCAAGAAAUCCAUUGGUAGCUUUCAACAUGCACUUCAAUUACUUGGUCAACGAUUUGAUCCAGUUCGUAUUGCAGCCCUGGGUUGUCAAGAUGAUUCGUGCUCUGACCCAGCCUGUGAUAGCAAAACUUGUGAUUGCGGAGUAUCGAGAGACAGCUACAUUUACCAACGUCGAGAAUAUGAUGAAGGCAUGCACCACUUCGGUGAACCCAUCCAAAUGGACAUGGAAACUCUUUCUUCCAUAUCGUCGAAUGAUGAAGCAGCUAUUGUUGUCUUUUACAACAUCGGACAGCUCUGCUUGCUACGGCACAAGGAUGAAGAGGCCACGGAGUGCUUUGCAAGAGCACUAUACCUCGCUCGGUCAUGCACACGAGACUCACCUGUGAGUCCAGUUGCCAUCCUUCACAAUAUCGGAUACAUCCAGUAUCGCAACAUUGAGCUAGAAAAAGCCCUAUCAACCUUCCGAGAUGCUCUUCAAGCAUUCCGUCCUACAUCACACAAGCUCGACUACGCAGCAACUUUGAACUGCCUUGGAGUCCUAUAUUUUCACUUACCCAAGGCUGACACUAACAGUGCAAUGGAAAACUACUCAAACGCACUCUCGAUUCGAAGACAGUUCUACGGAAACGAACAUAAAGACGUUGGAACCACUCUCAACAAUAUCGGCCGGGUCCACUAUAUUAAAGGCGAGUAUGAUCUCGCUUUGGUGCACUAUCUAGAGGCAUUACGCAUCCGACGUUCGCUGCUUGGCAAGAACCAUUUGGAUGUUGCUGCUACAUUGUACAACGCCGGUCAGACUUUCCAUCAGAAAGGGGAUCUAUCGAAAGCUCUGAAGUAUUACAAGGAGUUCAUGAGAAUCACAGUUCCGAAGCUAGGGCAAAAUCAUCGUGAUGUUGCCAUCAUGCUCAAGUGCAUGGCACAAAUUUACCAUGAACAACGAGAAUAUGAAAAAGCUCUAACUUUAUAUGGUGAGGCACUCAGUGUUGGGCGAGCUGCUCUUGGCAUGCAUGCCGAGGUUGCUUCCACACUCAACAAGAUGGGAAAUUUGUUUUAUGAGCGUGGUGACUUUGACGCAGCAUUGGAAAAGUACCAAGAGGGCCUGUCAGUUGAAAGAGCGGUACUACACUCUCUGCAUCCCAAUAUCACUGUCACACUGACUAACAUUGGUCAAAUUCACAAGCAAAGGGGUGAAUAUAGUGCAGCAUUGAAAUUGUACAAAGAGGCGCUUGAUAUUCAAGUGAAAUCGUUGGGUGAGACCCACCCAAGUGUUGCUGUCACACUCUCUAAUAUGGGGCUUAUCCACUACCAGAACAAAUCGUACUCGAAGAGUCUCGACAUCUACCAGGAAGCAUUGCGCAUCAGACGUGAUGCAUUUGGCGAAGACCACUUGGAUGUUGCAUCCUCAUUGAAUUCGAUCGGGCUCGUUCUCUUCAAGCUAGGUCUCCACCAAAUGGCUAUGCAAAGCUUCUUGGAAAGUCUGAGAAUUCGAAGAUCGUUGCUUGGUGAUGCUCAUCGGGAUGUUGCAAUCAUUCUUUACAACAUUGCCACCAUCCAUUUGGAACGCGGUGAUGAAGAAGAAGCGAUGAAGUGCUACAAGGAAACCCUAAGAGUAGAGAGAGCAGCUCUGGGGCCUGACCAUUCAGAUGUUGUCCUUACACUCCAAUACACAGCUCAAGUCCAUCGUCAACGUGGAGAGCUUGAAGAAGCUUUGGAUUGCUACAACGAGGUUCUCAGGAUACAAAGAAAGAACUCCACUGAGAGCGCGGAUGCCGCAAUUGCCCGCACUCUAAAUAACAUUGCGAAUGUUUACCUCCAACAAGGGAGUGCCAAGCAAGUCGUGUCUACUAUGUCAGAGGCAACAAGGAUCAUGAAGCAAACAGGUGAAAAUCCGGAUGAGCUUCGACUUACUGGGUUCCACAAGUAUGGAUUUGCUGUUUUGUUCCCUGAAAACGCAGCUGCAGCCUAG